AUGGAUGAUGUCGACGAUAUUUUAAACCAGAACCAAGUGGUUGAAGAAGAUCUAGAUGAGGAGGAAGAAGAAGAGGAUGAUGAUGACGAAACAGGCAUGAUUGACGGUGAAGUUAAUAUUGGCGGUGAUGAAUCACAACAAGAUGAGGACGAGGACGAUGAAAAUGGUGAAGAUGAUGAAGAUGAGGAUGCUGAUAAUGACCAAAAUGACGAUGAAGAUGAGGAUAUGGACGACGAAGAUGAGGAUGAUGAAAACAACGAUGAUGAGGAAGACAAUAGGCAACUUAAGGAUAGUACCCAAAAUGAAAUUAAUAACAAUGGAAAUAAGACCAAUGAAUUGAGUGAAGAUGACAAUAGUAAUAAAGAAACAUCGGAAACUACGGGGGAGAAGGGUGCUAAUGAAGAAUCAGGUUCUUCAACAAAUGAUGUCGGUUCCAAGAGUCCCUCCGUUGAAAAGAGCAGCACUCCCCUAACAGAGAAAGUGUACAACUACUAUUUGCAAAUGUUGCAGUCCUCCAAGAUUGCGGAAUCAUAUUCCAUGUAUCCAUCGGCUGCGAUUCCUAUUCAAACACAUGUGAAUGCUCUAGCUGUUACGAAAGGUUUAAAAUAUUUAUUUCUUGGUGGUAAUGACGGGUAUAUUAGAAAAUAUGAUUUACUAAACACUUUGGAAGGAAAAUUAUCACUAACGAUAUUACAAAAACAUUCCUUAGCAGAGUCUAUUCAAAAUGCUGGGAUAUUGCAAUCUUAUUGGGAGAACGAAAUCCCACAAAGGAAAUCCCAAAUGAAAAUUACAGCUAAUAAUAAAGAAUACGAACCAAAAGUUAGUCCCGUUUAUUCAUUAGAAGUUCAAAGUGAAGCACUCUUCUUACUGAGUGGUUUGAAUAACGGUGGUAUCACUAUGCAAGGUGUACGAUAUAUGGAGGGAAACAUUUCUCAUUAUUUCAAAGAGGGCCCUGAGGGCCAUUCUAAUGUGGUUAAUAUACUAAGACUUAAUGGUGAUGAAGAUAAAUUUAUUAGUGGUUCUUGGGAUAGAAAAAUUUUGGAGUGGGAUUUACAAACCGGGAAAAGGAUCAAUGGGUUUAAGGGAGCCACCUCCGAGUUAUCAGCUUUAGAAAUGAGACCAUUAUAUUCUUCCAUAUCUUUGAAUGAUAUUCGAUCAGUAGUUAAGUCGAGUGAAGAUGCGGACGAUGAUAUUGACUCAUUGUUUGGAGAUGAUGAUGAUGAGGACAUGGACGCAACUUCACACCCCAAUGAUGAUGAUGAAAGCAAAAUAAACGCUAGUACAAGUGGCACUCCCCAAAUUUCUAGCACGACUCUCAAUAUUGUCUAUGAUCAAUCCGUAUUUAUGACCUCUGGUCUAAAUGGGUCACUUCAUCUUUGGGACAGGCGUAAUUCGAAUUCACCAGUAAUAAAUUUUGAAAGAGGGCCAAAUACCCCUCCUUGGUGUCUAUCCGCAUGUUGGAGCGCAGAUGGUGAUCGAAUCUAUGCAGGGAGAAGAAAUGCAUGUGUUGAAGAAUUCAAUGUUAAAAUGCCUUCUAAACCUAGCAACACAUUGAAAUUACCAAGCAUUUCAGGACCGGUAUCCUGUGUACGGUCUAUGCCAAAUAAUAAACAAAUUCUAUGCGCUUCAAAGGAUAAUAUUAGAUUGUAUAAUAUAGAGGAGAAGGACACGAAAGGUUCUACAGUCCCAUUCUUAAUUGUCCCAGGUCACCAUGGUGGUACCAUUUCUAAUAUGUACGUAGAUCCGACUUGUAGAUUUAUGGUAAGUACAAGUGGGAACCGUGGUUGGCAAGGAACUUCCACGGAUACAACACUUAUAUAUGAUAUAGACUUGGUGUGA